AUGGCGGCGGCGACAAGCACAUCAGGCGAAACAACAGACUGCCACACGGAAAUGCCGGACUACUCAGCCAGGCUUAACACUAUUUUUACAGCCUUCUGGGCAAAGCUGGAGAACCGGGCACGGCAGCGCAAACCGAGUGCACACAUGAACCCCAAGCAACCUAGCCCCAAGCUACUUACUCCUCGGCUACACAGUGCCCCAAGACGGCGCCGCAGAAGAAAAUGUCCCCCGCCAACAAGCAAACGCACGAGAGGAAAGCCAGCACCGGAGCUGGGCCACAGAGUGCUGCGAGCCCUCCACACACCCAGUGUCCAACCUCACUCUUCUUCCGAGCUGGGAGCUCACCAGGAUGUAGCUCUCCGCCACCACCCAUAUACCCAAGGAAAUAGCCGGGACCCGGUGGAACCCUGGGCCCAUGACCCUGAUGAUGGGGUCAAUGGAAAUGUGGUACGGGCCCCCGUCAAAGCCUCGGGCCGAAGACAAGUGGCACUCAAGCGACCUGGAAUCAGAAGGUGCAGGAGGAGAAUCACAGCAUGGAGGGCCAAGUGA